AUGGAGCUCGGUACUCCGUUCAACUCGACAGGAAUCAUCAAGAAUCGCGGCUACAUCUACGUAGACGAGAUCGACAUCCUUACGAUCGUCGGGUGCGAGUCCGAGGCACGAAACACGGCUCGACGCGUGCUGCGCUUCGAUACAGCCCCAGCACGUCGCCUCUUGGAGUUGGAGGACGGACCUCGUGAAGAAAGCGCUUCUGGCGCCACGAACCGUAGCCGAACUACAGCAACUCAACGGAUCGACCAGCUGGAAACUGGAUUGACGGAUUUAAGGCAAGAAUUUGCGGUAGCUCAUGAUAGUCUACGGGUUGAAGUCACCGCUGAAUUGACGAACCUGAACAGCAGUAUCGGUGCAGAAAUGACCGAGAUUAAAGGGCAUCUGUCGAAUCUGGUGCAAGCGCUGCACAACCCCCAAGCCGUAUCUGCCCAAGUCCAGCGGGCUGAGACUCCGGCGAUCGCUGACGUGAACAUGAUGACUCCGGCCGAGGCAGGAAGGACGUUUGCGUCCACACGUGGAGAUGGACGUCCACCAUUACGCAAGAUGGACGUCAGUCCGCCAACAUUUGAUGGAUUAAUUGACGGAAUCAAGCUCAACUCGUUUCUCUUUCAAUUCGAGUCCUACUUCCAGCAGAAGGGCUACCGUUUAGAUCGAGAUGAUCAUUGGCUUCCUGGAGAAUUGAACCAGUGCGUUCGGAAGAAUGCUGCGGUUUGGUACGAGCGCUACAUGACGGAUGAUACGACGAUCAAGUUGUGGAGCGUUAUGAAGGUUGCGAUGAUCCGAGGGUUUCGCGAGCCAAAUUUCCAGGCUAAAGUGCGCAACCAGCUGCUGCAAUUGAAGCAGACUGGAGCGUACCACGGCUACGUGAAUAAAUUUCGUGAACUACAACGAGUAGUGGGCCUUGAUGAACUGACGGCGAUCAACGUGUUCCCGAUUACUCUGACCGCUGCGGUACAAGAAGGAUUCCUCGAGUGCGAGCUGCAGGAAAAACCAGCAACGACCAGCCAGCGCGGCAAUGACCAUGUCGGCUUUGGGAAAAAGCAACAAGGAGUGAAACAAAAGCGGAACAACGAGAAAACUGAUCAGCGUGGUGUGAAAAGGCUCGACUUCAAGUGCGUCAUGGCCGCGAUGGACCUGGAUCACCAACUGUCGGACACGAGCCGUGCGAUGAAGGAAGCUGAGCCCGAGGUCUGGGCGGAGCUCCGCUCAGACUCUGGGCUUGAGUGA